GGCUUCGGAUUCCGGAGAUGAUGCCAUCUGCAGGUGGUACGGGGAAAGGGAUAAAGUUAAGGAUAGGCGAAAUGACGGGGAUGGGGAGAAAUGUAGGGAUAAGAGUGAUUCGGGAAACUUGUAUAAUUCCAAUAGCAAUUCUUUUGGACAAGGAAGAGACAAUCUAAACGAGUAA